AAAUUAAAUUAAAUAUUUUAUCUAUUUUAUUUUUCUCCCAAAAUUUUCAUUUUUCUUUUCUCUCACUCUCUUCAUUUCCAAUAUUUUCCCUCUCAUUUCUCCAUUUUCAAUCUCAAUAAAUCGAAAAACCUAGUUUUAAUCUUUUGUUCUCACAAUCUGUAGAUUAGUAAUUGGGCCUCUUCUGAAGAGCUUCUGCUGCUGAAGAAGCUGAAAUCUGACCUUUAUUCUGUCUAAUUUUUCUAUUCGUUGGUUGUUUGAUUUUCACCUAUCAGUUUUAAGCUAAAGGCGAAGAAGCUCUGUAGUUGUCCGCGUGUUUUUGCUGCUUCUGCUCCAGAGGAGACCACUCGUAUGAACUUCUGGUUGUGAUUAUUUCGCUUUAGGUGAGUUGUUGAAGUGUUUUUUUUUUCCUAUCGGAAAUGAGCUUUCUUGCGGGUUUGUUGGUGUGAGUUUUCUUGGUUAGAAAAGGCUAGGGUUUUGAUUAUGGUUUUCAUUUAUUGGGUUAUUUGGUGCCCUAGGUAUUUGAUUUUGAAGUUUAGAGGUUGGAUGCAACUGCAUGUGCCAAUUGAGUUGGGUUAACUGUACUUAUCAGCUCAAUUAUCGGUGUACAUGGUAGUCUGUUUUAGUGUAUUAAGUGAGUUGGAGGAUAUGCAUACGUAAUUUUUCAAAAUGAUGACGAAUUAGUGGAUUCGGAGCUCAAAAAUCAGUGCUUUUUCUAUCUGGAUGAAUGAUCUAGUUAUGUUUGUGUUAUGAAGUCAAUGCCUAGGGAAUUUACAUGUAUUUUUUUCCCAUCAUUCUUAAUGUAAUUGACUUCAAUGAAUUCCUCCACUUUAGAUUCAAAUACUCAAUUGACUGUGGGGACUUUAGAUAGUAUGAUGUAAAGUUACAAGGUUGGAUGACAUCGUUGUCAUGAAUUUCUGGAGCUGGUAAAAGGGGGAAGCUAUACAUUUUUGCUACAAAUGCCUUCAAGUGCAAAAUGUAAUUGGGAUUGAGGGAAGCGUUUAGGAACCAGUGAUGGUAAAAAUGAUUUAUUGUAAAAAAAAAAAAUUACUUAAAUUCGUAUACUUUGUGGUCUCAAAUCAAAAGAAUCUAUCCUCACCAAUACGGCUUGUCUGCUCAUGUUGUGGUCAGUACAGUGUUCUUAGAAUUUGCUGAAUUUCUAAGAUGCAAAACAAGAAGAAAGUUGGUGGAAGAACUUCUGGAGAGAUUGCUAGUGCAAAAGGUUCAAGACAUCAGAAGAAGGUGUCCGAGAAUCUGCAUGUCCAAGUGAAGAAAGUCUCGGACAUAAUUACUUCUUCUACUAGGAAGCAGAAAACUGGCCGAACUCUUUUGAAAAAUAUUGAGGAUCCUGUUGCUGCGGCAAAUUUGGACGCAAAAUUUGAGGUGGUCAAUGAUGAGACGUCGAAUUUGCGUAUGGAUGACAACGAGAACAAUAGCACUGUGAUCAAUAUUAAGGAUUAUAAUGAUACAGUAGUUGAUCAAAUGGUUGACACUAUAUUUUCUUCUCCUGCAUUCCACAUUAGAAGCCUUGGAGGGAAUGUUACGGAUGGAGGUAAAGAUAUUCGGUUUGUCUUUUAUUUUUUAAUUUUUGGGCAUUUGUACUCUUUCCAUAUUCUCAUAACAAGAAUUUAUUGGGUUCUUUGAGCCAGUGUUGUUUUGUAUCACUUAUAUGGCCUCCUUUCUGUAUGUUUCUAUCACUGCCACUCUCCGAUUAGAUUUCUUGAAGAUUUUCAAGCAUGAAGAUCCUCACUUUGAGGACCAUGGGAAAGAAAACUUGCAGGUUGAUUUUCUUAGUGCACAUAUGCCAGAAAAGAAUUUCACUGAGGAGUCUCUAGGCUUAACAAAUCUUACAUGCCCAGACUUGGGGAGCACUCUGUCCUCUGAAAUUUCUGCAGUAUAUCUUUCAAUGAAAAAUCAAAAAUUAGAAUGCGCUGACGAAUAUAAUCAAGCGGAAUUGCCUGCCAGUGUUUGCUACGAUGAUGAGGAAGUUGAAGAGUUUGAUGACUUCGAUCCAUACUUCUUUAUGAAGAACUUACCUGACUUGUACUCAGUUGUUCCAUUAUUUCGGCCGGUACUAUUACCUAAGCAGACAAGGAGUUGCCCUUCAACUACUCUUGUUUUGGACCUGGACGAGACCUUGGUGCAUUCUACACUUGAACCUUGUGAUGAUGCGGAUUUCACUUUUUCUGUCAAUUUUAACCAGAAGGAGCAUACCGUAUAUGUUAGAUGCCGUCCUCAUCUCAGAGAUUUUAUGGAUAGGGUGUCUGGCGUUUUUGAGAUUAUCAUUUUCACAGCUAGUCAGAGUAUAUAUGCCGAGCAACUUCUGAACGUAUUAGAUCCAAAGAGGAAAGUUUUUCGCCAUCGUGUUUUCCGAGAAUCCUGUGUUAUUGUCGAUGGGAAUUACCUCAAAGAUCUGUCAGUUCUCGGCCGUGAUUUGGCACAUGUCAUUAUAGUUGACAAUUCUCCUCAGGCAUUUGGGUUUCAAAUAGACAAUGGAAUACCGAUUGAGAGCUGGUUCGACGACCGUUCAGAUAAGGAGUUGCUUUCAUUGCUCCCAUUUUUGGAAAGUUUGGUUGGAGUUGAAGAUGUGAGGCCGUUAAUUGCCAAAAAGUUCAACCUUAGAGAGAAGGUUGCUGCCGCAGUUUGUCCAAUGAAGCUAUAGCAGGAGAUUUUUGUAUGCAAAUGAUGCUCUCGAAAAAUCAAUUUAAGCAAUGCCUCUUUUUGUAUAAGAGAAGAAUAGUCUUAAGUUAGUGAACUUUUAGCUGCCAUUUACAUCUAGUUAUGGCUGCCAAUUGAAAUACUAUGAAAUUUGUGAUUCUAAACCUCUCUGUUAGCUUUUCUGUACUUGCUUAGGAUAGAACAAAGUCAGUGUGACUUAUCAUAGUUUCUGUAAUGCAAAUGUUCCUUUUUCUCUCUUCUAUACUCGAAUGAGCUGGGCCGGAUUGGACCUUUGAGUUUAGCUUCUCUUUUCCUUUGCCCCAAUGAACUCGAUAUGUAGGUGGAGC